AUGGCUGUAGCCCACAGUUUGUGCCACCUCAGUGUUCUCCCCUCUAUCCAGCAGAUCAUGGUGCAGAUCCCCACCUUUAUGAAACAGUUUAAUGCCCUUCUCACUAGGUUAGCCACUCUGUAUCCAAAUAUUCUCUUCCCCUUCCUCGAUAGGUGGAUCAUUCCCCUGUCUGUCUUUUGCAGUGUCUUUGAGGGAGAGCUGUCUGAGACCAUCCCUGUUGUUCAUGCUUCCAUUGCGGGAUGUCGGAUCAUUGGGAGAAUGUGUGUGGGGAACCGCCAUGGGCUGCUAGUCCCAAGCAGUACAACAGACCAGGAGCUUCAGCACAUCCGCAACAGCCUGCCAGACUCAGUACGAAUCCAAAGGGUGGAGGAGCGGCUCUCAGCACUGGGCAAUGUCACCACGUGCAAUGACUACGUAGCGCUCGUCCAUCCCGACCUCGACAGGGAGACCGAAGAGAUUUUGGCAGAUGUGCUCAAAGUAGAAGUUUUCAGACAGACAGUUGCAGACCAGGUUCUGGUAGGAAGUUACUGCGUUUUUAGUAACCAGGGAGGACUUGUGCACCCAAAGACUUCAACUGAAGACCAAGAUGAGCUUUCCUCACUGCUGCAAGUCCCACUUGUGGCUGGCACAGUGAAUCGUGGCAGUGAGGUCAUUGCUGCGGGGAUGGUUGUGAACGAUUGGUGUGCCUUCUGUGGGCUGGACACAACCAGCACGGAGCUCUCUGUUAUCGAGAGCAUCUUCAAACUGAACGAAGCUCAGCCAAGUACCAUCGCCACCAGUAUGAGAGAUUCUUUAAUUGACAGUCUGACGUGAGACGUGCUGGCUGAGGAGCAGAGUGCCAGGCUGCCAUCUCAUCUGCUUUCUGGCUUCCAAUACCAGGCCCUUCUGUCCCUUCCGUGGGCCCUGCUCUGGGCGGAUGCCUCGUAACCAGCAUUUUAGUGGCGUGUUAAUUACUUCCUGCUACAAAGCCCUGGCAAACAGCAUGAACGAGUUAUAAAUAUGAGAGAUUCUGUGUCCUG